GUCCUCGGGUCGCCCAGCAGCAGCAGCAGCUUGACUCUCGGUUUCCUGCAGCUGCAGCCUGUAGGAGCGGCCGGUUCCUCCCAGAACCUUUUCUCUUCUCACAGCAGCAGCGGGGACUUUCGGACCGCACGCGCCGGAUCUUGAUCCUCCCGUUAAAACUGCUGAAGAAGCGCGAGACCAGGUGGACUCUCGAACCCGGGCUCGUGACUCCUCUCUCCGGGGCCUCCGUCGGUUUAAUUUUGGUUUUUUUUGGACCUCCGGACUCUCUCUCUCUCUCUCUCUCUCUCUCUCUCCCUCCCUCCCUCCCUCUCUCUGUCUGUGGCGCACUCUCUCUCUCUCUCUCUCUCUCUCACCCCGACAUGGUCGACUAUCACGCCGCCAACAACCAGAGCUCCGCCGUCGGCGAAGGGCCGCCGACCUACAUGGAACAGGAGAACGACUGGGACCGGGACCUGCUCCUGGACCCGGCCUGGGAGAAGCAGCAGAGGAAGGUAAGAGAACCGGAGAAGCGGGCCCAGCUGGGCCGAGAGGAACCGGGAGGGAGGAGGAGGAAGGGGAGGAGGAGGUGGAAAGAAAAUGGCAGGAUGGAGGGAUGGGGAGUGGAGGAGGAGGAGGAGGAGGAGGUCAGACACCGAGAGAGAGAGAGAGAGCGGGCCUCCAAACCCCGCAGAUACUCUAACCCGUCUGUGGCCCACUUUACUCCCACCGACCAUGUUCUCCUCCCGGCCCGGUUCUCCUCUCGUCUGUCCUCCCCCCUUUGGGUCUCUCUGAACCCUCUUUUCUCUGUCCGGGAGCUUCUGACCCACAUUGAGCUGCUUUUCCGGAUCUUUGAGCGGAAACAGGCGAAAACAGCCGAGCAGAGCUGUCUGUGCGGACACGACAACAGUCCGACACUCGGGGGUGUAGUUUGAUGUUUGGAGGGGGGAGUUUGUUGUCUAAAAGGUGUAGUUUGUAGUUUAAAGUGUGUAGUUUGUUGUGUGGAGUUUGUAGUUUGUGGUUUAGGGGUGUAGUCUGUUGUCUAAAAGGUGUAGUUUGUAGUCUGAAGGGUGUAGUUUGUUGUUGUAGUUUGAAGGGUGUAGUUUGUGGUUGUAGUUUGUAGUUUGAAGUUUGUAGUUUGAAGGGUGUAGUUUGUUGUGUGUAGUUUGAAGUUUGUAGUUUGUAGUCUGAAGGGUGUAGUUUGUUGUGUGUAGUUUGAAGUUUGUAGUUUGUAGUCUGAAAAGUGUAGUUUGUUGUGUGUAGUUUGAAGGGUGUAGUUUGUAGUUUGAAGGGUGUAGUUUGUAGUUUGAAGGGUGUAGUUUGUAGUUUGUAGUUUGAAGUUUGUAGUUUGUAGUUUGAAGGGUGUAGUUGGGUUUCUAACUCCGCCCUGCCCCACCUCUCUCUCUGGUUCGUCUGUUGGUGUUCAGACCAAUAAGAUCACUCUAAGUGAGUUUGAAGUUAACUCUACACCCACAUCCUCCAGUUUAACUCCAUCUGGACUCUUCAUGCUCCAACCAAACGACACGUUAGAAAGUUCACAACGUGAAAUUAAUCAAUAACCUUCUACGAACUUCUGUGUUCGUCUUCUGUGCCGAGAUCGUAAAACGCCGACGCUUCAUCGUUAUUGGUCCCUGCAGCUCACUUCUGCUGUAACUUUUUUAUUUGCAUCUUUUUAUUUUUGCAGUGAGAAACUUUUUUUAUUUCUUCGGCCACUUUUUUCUGGUCGUUACCUUCCCUGUUGUUUUUGUUUUUUUGCAGCAGUGACGGUUCUCAGCCGUCGUAGAAAAGUGUAAAAUACAUUAAAAAAACACAUGAAUGUGAAGAAGUGACUGUUACUGAGGGACAGGGAAGGUGAGGGAUACGGCUCAACUUACCCCGCUCCUAUGGUCAACUUACCCCCCCAUACCCGGGGUAAGUUGACCAUAGGAGACCCUGUUGUUGUCCUGCUCUCCUCUGAAGAUGACAGUUCUGUUUACUCUCAUUCUGAUGAAGAACUUCCUGAAAUAUCUGCAGAGACACGAGUCAGAGACUAAACUAGGACUGACCUGAUGGACUGAUCCGGACACACGGAUCAUCUUAACCCGCUCUCCCCUACUGCAGUAUUAUUAAGACGGAGGCGUCCUCCUGUCUCUGAGACAGGUCCCCCUUCUGAACGUGGUCUUUGGACUGUUGGUUGAUAGUGGACCAGGUCUGGGUGUUGGGUCUGAUCCUCUUCAAUAUUUGCUCCUUGUCUUCCUGUGUUUGUAAAUCAGGCUGUGACACUCUCUCUGCUUGUCUGACAGGUCAGGUGAAAAGAAAAGUCAUUAUUUGGAUUAGUCGUCCUGCUCCGUCAGCUGACGGGGUUAAACGGGCCGCCCCUCUCUCUCUCUUUCUCUCUCUCUCUCUCUCUCUCUCUCUCUCUCUCUCUCUCUCUCUCCCUCUCUCUCUCUCUCUCUCUCUCUCUCUCUCUCUCUCUCUCUCUCUCUCUCUCUCUCUCUCUCUCUCUCUCUCUCUCUCUCUCUCUCUCUCUCUCUCUAACACACCUGUCAGUGUUGUUGUUGUUCAGGUUCGAUAUUGUUCAUAUUCUCUGACAAACAAGUUUCUGCAGCAGCUUCACUCACACUUUCACAUUUCUCUGCACUGAGCUGAACGCCCACUCACUCUCUCACUCACUCACUCAGCGAGGAGGAGGAGGACGGUGAGGAGGAGGAGGAGGAGGAGGAGGAGGAGCUGCUGCUGCAGAUUUUAGCUCCAGGGAAACUCUGCUGCAUAAAUAUUUAGACACUAAAUAAGACUGAAGAUCUCAGCUGCACAUAUGCCACAGCGAUCAUUCAUCAGCAAUCAUCACACCUCUGCACCGACACAAACAUCCACCUCCUCCUCUGCUGCUCCUCCUCCUCCUCCUCCUGCUGCUCCUCUUCAUGAUGAUCCUUGUGUAACUACAGUCUAAAGUCAGAAACACGUCCGCUGACCUCGCUGACCUCGCUCUGUGACAUCGAUAAUGACAUUCAGGUCCUGAAGGUUCAGUCAGACCGAGUCUCACCUGAAGAAGAGCAGAACCGAGCAGAACCGAGCAGAACCGAGCAGAACCGAGCAGAACCGAGCAGAGCAGUGUGGAAUGAUUGACAGGGUGUGUGUUCAUGAGUGUGUGUGUUUAUGAGAGUGUGUUGAUCUUAUUCUCUAACAUCAGGAUGACUGUCAUACUUUGGAGAGGUGUGUGUUAAUGUGUGUGUAUUGAUGUGUGUGUGUGUGUGUGUUUAAGUGUGUGUUUGUGUGUGUUGUGUGUGUUUAAGUGUGUGUUUAAGUGUGUGUGUGUUGUGUGUGUUAAUGUGUGUGUUUGUGUGUGUGUAGUGUGUGUUUAAGUGUGUGUGUGUGUGUGUUGUGUGUGUUAAUGUGUGUGUUUGUGAUUGUGUGUUUAAGUGUGUGUUUGUGUGUGUGUUUAAGUGUGUGUUUGUGUGUGUGUUUGUGAUUGUGUAGCUCUUCUCCUCUCACGUUCAGAUGACUGUCAUUUCUCGGCGUGGCGUGACAGCACGCCGAGCUCUGAUCCUGCGUUUUGAUUGGCUGACUCAGCGUUAUUAUGGUGGUGGACUUCACUCAGACCUGCUGUAGAUCCGGUCCGGUCCCUGGUGGGCCGGUUCCUGGACUGUGAGGACUCUCUGUCAGGGUCAAAGUUUCUGAUCCGUCAAUCAUUAACGCUGGAGCUGGUUGUGUAAAGAGAGGAGGCGUGUCUCCUGACUGCGAACGGGACAGGCUGGGGACAUGUUCCCCCCCCCCCCCCGCCGAGCUGGAGCGGAGCCGCCGCCGGCCCCCAGCGAGGGGGGGGGCAACCAAGGGCAAAUUCCUGCGGUGUAUUCAGUGUGCCAGUUAUUGCGCAAAAGUGAGAGAGAGAGAGAGAGAGAGGGAGAGAGAGAGAGAGAGAGAGAGGGGGAGAGAGAGAGAGAGAGAGAGAGAGAGAGAGAGAGAGAGAGAGAGAGAGAGAGAGAGAGAGAGAGAGAGAGAGAGAGAGAGAGAGAGAGAGAGAGAGAGAGAGAGAGAGAGAGAGAGAGAGAGAGAGAGAGAGAGAGAGAGAGAGAGAGAGAGAGAGAGAGAGAGAGAGAGAGAGAGAGAGAGAGAGAGAGAGAGAGAGAGAGAGAGAGAGAGAGGGAAGGAAACAGAGAGAGAGAGAGAGAGAGAGAGAGAGAGAGAGAGAGAGAGAGAGAGAGAGAGAGAGAGAGAGAGAGAGAGAGAGAGAGAGAGAGAGAGAGAGAGAGAGAGAGAGAGAGAGAGAGAGAGAGAGAGAGAGGGAGAGAGCGAACUCCUCCCGCAGGACGACCGAGAGAAGAGUUAAUGUAAUGAGUGUGGGAACGAGACCGCCGACCCCGAAGACUGAAGGGGCGGAGCCUGAGAGAGGUCAACGACAGGAGCCCAGGAGAGGGAGAGAAAGAGAGAGAGAGAGAGAGAGAGAGAGAGAGAGAGAGAGGGAGAGAGAGAGAGAGAGAGACUAUUUAUUCAUUUAAUAUUUCAUAUUAUUAUAAUUCUUCUCCUUCUUCUUCUUCUUCUUCUUCUUCUUCUUCUACUGAUUGUGAUUCUCCGGCCGUGUCGUUCAGACAGUCAUGCUAAUAAAGUUUCUUGAAAUUGAAGACAGAGUUCAGGUCCUGGUCCACGAUAGUCUGAUCCAGUAUCUGAGGAGGUCCACCUCUUUGAACCUCAUCUGAUCCAGUUCUCAGGGUGUCCUGGUGUCAGGACAGGGACUGGAUGUAGUCCCUGAAUCCCAUCUCCUCUAUCUGAGUAGAACCAGAACCAGAACCAGAACCAGAGUGCCCUGUAUGGUCAUGGUUCUGGAGUGAUCGGAGAGUUCGUUCAUUUCCAGUUCAACAGAGAAACAGAAUUAAAGGUUCGAUAAAAAAACGACUAAAUAAAAGAUUAAAAUCUAAAAUCUGUUUCUGUGACGAACUCUGAACUUCAGAGAAGAAGAAGAAGAAGAAGACCCGGUUCAGACUUUGUCACGUUCAGGGACAGGGUUUUAGCUGCAGACCCAGACCCCCCUCUUGUUGGACUCUCUGGGGUUUGGAGGACUCGUCCCUCUCACGGUCGUUCAGAUCGCCGGCGUCCUUUCAGCCCGUCUCCAGUUGUCCAUUUUGAACAUUUUUCACACUCCAGAGUUCCUGGACGGAGACCAGCAGAGUCCAGUUCCCUGCAGUGAGUUCCAGACCCGGCUCCUCCCUGACAAACCUGUUAUUAAGUCUUUUCUCACCGCUCCUGAUCCACCACACGUUCAGACAUGUCCAAGAACGCCGUGACGCCGCCGCCACCGCCGCAGCAGCAGCAGCAGCUUUUUAUUGGGACUCUGGGCAGCAUGCAAAUCUGCUGCUGCAGGGUGACAGUUAGACGUGUUUGUCCUGGUGUUCACAGAGAGGAGGAGGAGGAGGAGGAGGAGGAGAGGAGGAGGAGAGGAGGAGGAGAGGAGAAGGGAGAGAAUGAGGAGGAGAGGAGGAGGAAGAGGAGGAGAGGAGGAGGACUCCUGCUGAAGAGCCGGGAGCACACGCUGAUUGAUCAGUUUGGUUUAUUUUGAACUCCGUUAACUUUAGUCGUCGCUCUUCAUCCUGAAAUCUACAUUUACACUGAACUCUCCGUCUCAGUGCAAAGACACAACAACAACAACAACAACACAAACACAACACAACAACAACAACAACAACAACAACACAACAACACAAAAACAACAACAACAACAACAACAACACAAAAACAACAACAACACAACAACAAUGAGACAAAAUCAACAACAACAACACAAACACAACGACAACACAACAACAACAUGAAAACAACAACAACACAAAAACAACAACAACACAAAAACAACAAUAACACAACAACAACGACAACAACAACACAAAAACAACAACAACAAAACUACAACAACACAAACAGCAGACACUUCGUCUGCGUUCUCUCUGCAGGUUCUGAUCCACAAUUCCGAUUUUUCUGUUCAAUCCGAUCUUUUUGUGCGUCGUUCACAUUAUAACAACGACUGCGUCCGUGAAGUGACCCUCAUGAACACAAAUAUCUCCCCGCUCCUGUUUGUGUCGAUCGAUGGUGACGUUUGUCUCAUAUUGAUGAUGUAAAGGUCGAUGAACUCGACCUGAGCGUCACACUGCAGUCACAUCAGAUACAUAUCUGACUUAUAUCCACAUACAGAAGAGGGUCGGAUCAGAACCAAUCAGAACUGACCUGUUCACACUGAACGCAGACUCACUACUGGACCUUAUUUUCACAGAGAAGUUCAGAAAUAAUCAGAUGUUCAAAUUUUCCUCAGAACUGAAUUAAUUUACAGAUAAUUCCCAAUAAUCAGACUGAUUGAUCGUCUAAAGUGGUUCCAUGUCGAUGAAGAUCUGUUGGAUGUUCUUCACUCCAUCUUUACUUCUGUAUUCGUGGUGUUCUUGGAUGAUACGUCCUGGUAGAGCGUUCCCUCUCGCCGUGGUCCUGAACGUGACCGGACCUUCAUCUCGUUUGUCCUGAUGAAGUUCUGAGAAGAGCUGAUUGAUAAGAACUCGUCCCUCCGACCCGACCCGACCCGCUCCUCCAGAUCCGGUCUGCAGACAUGGUCCUAAAAACCAUCAGCAGACCAAGUUCCUGAAGAGUUGUGGUUCUCGGUUCCCUUUCCUGUCAGGUCUGUGGCGCUCACUGCAGCCGUGGCGGCGGCGGUGGCGUUGGGUGUUGUGGUCACGGACUCUGAUGUUAUCUCUCCUCAUUUCCCUAAACUGACGGCGUCUGUGUGUUUGCACUGACCUGAUUGGAGCAGACUGACAGACUGAAGCAGCUGUAGGUGAUGGAGGAGGUCAGGACCAGAUUUCAGACCCUGGACCAAACGUGCUCCAGGUCCAGGUCCAGGUUGGUCCUCUGCAGCCGGUCUCCAUGGAGACGUGUGUCAGGGUUGGUGUUCAGCUCAGUCCUCCGUGGUUACUGUAAGACUGUGUUUGUAUUCGGCCGCCAUGACACGCCCUGGUGGCGCCCAGACUUCAGGUGGGCGGCAGGACACAAUGUCAGUUUGUUCUUCCCCGCCCACUGCCACGUGCUUUUUGUGGGCGGAGCCGGGUCAGAUGGCCGGGGUCGACUCAGGACGGGUCGGCAGUGACAUUUCUGUCAGGACAAAUGGACCAAACCACGACUCCUGCCGGGGUCACUGAGCACGCUCAGAUGGCACACAGUCAUGAACAUGUUGUUAUAGAUCCACAGACUGACCUGCAGGGGUCGCUCUAAAAAUACAGACAUGAAGAAAACUCACCUGUGUGUGUCUGUGUCUGUGUGUGUCUGUGUGUGUGUGUGUGUGUGUCUGUACUCACCUGUGUGUGUGUCUGUGUGUGUGUCUGUGUGUGUGUGUGUGUGUGUCUGUACUCACCUGUGUGUGUGUGUGUGUGUCUGUGUGUGUCUGUGUGUGUCUGUACUCACCUGUGUGUCUGUGUGUGUGUCUGUGUGUCUGUGUGUGUGUCUGUGUGUCUGUGUGUGUGUCUGUGUCUGUGUGUGUGUGUCUGUCCUCACCUGUGUGUGUCUGUGUGUGUGUGUGUGUGUGUGUGUCUGUCCUCACCUGUGUCUGUGUGUGUCUGUGUGUGUGUGUGUGUGUCUGUCCUCACCUGUGUCUGUGUGUGUCUGUCCUCUCAGGUGUGUUGUUUGGACGUGUUGACACUCGUCACAGUAACUCUGCAGGUUUUCAGACUUUAACGCUGAAGAGACUGAAUCCAGAAUCUGAUCCUGAAAAACAGAAGCUGGAUUUAUGAACAUGUUUGUGUGUUUGUUUAAAGGGAUAUUCUGUCAUUAAAUUAAUUUAGGGUCAAACCCACCGUAACACCGAGUUAGACUCCGCCCCCCUCCAGAGAUGAAUGUUGUCGACCGCUUCCUUCUCUAGUUAUACCAACUUUAGUAACGACCGCAGGAUAGAAAUACAGAGAGCCACGCCCCCAACCAAAACGCCACUCUAUAGAGAGACCUCAGGCCAGUCCAUUACGGACUACAGCGGGGUGCCGCAGCUCAAGGAAGAACAUUUAUGAUCAUUUCUUCAUCAUUUCCUUGAAGUAAUAAUCACCAUAUUGAUCAUUUUACAGACACGGUAGUUCUUCUGUCUUAGCGUCUCGGUCUGAUUGUAUUUCCAUGAAGAAAUGAUCAUAAAUGUUCUUCCUUGAGCUGCAGCACCCCGCUGUAGUCCGUAAUGGACUGGCCUGAGGUCUCUGUACAAACAAGCGUCUGCUGGAAGAGAGUAGGUGAGUUGUGUUUAGUCUCUUUGCUAAAGAAAUGAGUCAAAGUUAAAAAGAUGUUUGGUGUCUAGUACUAUGUCUGUGACCCUAUAUGUCCUGUUGAUGAAGUUAGGUGCUGUUCUGAGCAUUAUUUGUGGCUAUAGAGUGGCGUUUUGGUUGGGGGCGUGGCUCUCUGUAUUUCUAUCCUGCGGUCGUUACUAAAGUUGGUAUAACUAGAGAAGCAAGCGGUCGACAACAUUCAUCUCUGGAGGGGGGGUCUAACUCGGUGUUACGGUGUGUUUGACCCUGAAUUAAUUUUACACGGACUAUCCCUUUAAGUGUGUGUUUAUUUUUUGUGUUUGUUUGACGGACUGAAAACCGUUUUUGCGGUCCUCCUGGUCUUGGUGCAGACCCCCUUGAUGUGGACCUUGGUGUGUGACCCUUCAGGGUCCUAGAUAAGGGGCCUCUGGGGGUCCCUCUCGGUCAGCUGAUUCCAGGUCAGCUGUGGGAAAACCCUCCGCCUCAGUUGACGGCGAUCCAGGAUCAGGAUCAGCCGUGGACCUAAACAACGAAGCAGGCAGCCAGUGAGCGAGCGAGCGAGCGAGCAGAGAGAGAGAGAGAGAGAAUGUGUGCCCCCCCCCCCCCCCCCCGUCUCCCCCCCGUCUCCCCCCCCCCGUCUCCCCCUCUGUUGUCUCUCUGUUCUUCCAUCAGCGGCGGCGGUGAGAGAGCAUGCAGGGGGAAACAUUCCUUUGGUGGCCCAGUAUGGCGGCCUGGGCCGGUGGGAGGGGUCUUCCUCCUCAAAGAGGGCGGGGUGUCCUGCUUUCCUCUCAGAGUCGGGGGUUUGCAGGAUUGCAGAGGUGGUCUCUGCGGUGCCGAGGAGGAGGGGGGGGAUCCUCUUUUGGGGGCAGAGGGCGCUCCCGGGGGGGGGGGGGUUCCAGCUGGUCACGAUCUGGAGGAAGUCACGGCGCCGACGGCGGCUCAGAAUCUUUGUUUGGAGAAAUGUUUUCAGACGCCAACACCCGGAGAGAGAUUUGACUGAACAGCUGUUUGAUUGGUUCACUUUCUGACCACUGCAGCUCAGCGUCCAAUCAGCUGAGAGCUUGUUAAAGGAGCGUGUAGCUGAGGGCCGGGAUUGGCUGCAGGUCUGUGUGGAGGAGGAGCCGAGUGUGUGUGUGUUUUCUUCACGGUCUGAUUCCCUCACACACUGUGUCUGUGUGUGUGUGUGGGGGGGGUCCUCUCCUGGUUGCAGCGGCGGCGUUCACAGGCGUGCUCGUUCUUUGGUUAGAACCUGCUCCAGUCACCUCCUCAUGGUCCUCAUAGACCUCAUAAGUCCUGAAACCCUGUCCCUAAACUAGAACUAAAGAACGGUAAAGACCACCAGGUGACAGUCAGAGCCUCUCUAAGUGAAUACAUCUACGUAACAGUAUCUGUGAGUGUGCAGCAUCUAUGUUUGAAUACAUCUAUCUAACAGUAUCUGUGAGUGUGCAGCAUCUAUGUUUGAAUACAUCUAUCUUUAACAGUAUCUGUGAGUGUGCAGCAUCUAUGUUUGAAUACAUCUAUCUAACAGUAUCUGUGAGUGUGCAGCAUCUAUGUUUGAAUACAUCUAUCUUUAACAGUAUCUGUGAGUGUGCAGCAUCUAUGUUUGAAUACAUCUAUCUUUAACAGUAUCUGUGAGUGUGCAGCAUCUAUGUUUGAAUACAUCUAUCUUUAACAGUAUCUGUGAGUGUGCAGCAUCUAUGUUUAAAUACAUCUAUCUUUAACAGUAUCUGUGAGUGUGCAGCAUCUAUGUUUGAAUACAUCUAUCUUAGAGUAUCUGUGAGUGUGCAGCAUCUAUGUUUGAGUACAUCUAUCUUUAACAGUAUCUGUGAGUGUGCAGCAUCUAUGUUUGAAUACAUCUAUCUUUAACAGUAUCUGUGAGUGUGCAGCAUCUAUGUUUGAAUACAUCUAUCUAACAGUAUCUGUGAGUGUGCAGCAUCUAUGUACCCCAGCUCUCUGCACAGCUCAGUAUUUUUGGAAACCUCGGUGAUCAGAGGUUAAAAAUUCAGCGAACAUCUAAUCAUAAAUAUCUGAGCGAGACGCCGAACUCUUCUGAGCGGCGGUCUGACCAGAGACGAAAACAGCUGAUGGUUUCAGGGGCUGAAGAUAGACCAGCACCUUUAGAGGGUGUGAGUGUGUGUGUGUGUGUGUGUGUGUGUGUGUGUGUGUGUGUGUGUGUGUGUGUGUGUGUGUGUGUGUGUGCUCUGACUGUUAAAUUCACAGAAAUGCAGAGGUGUUGGUUUGUUGGUUUUAAGCUGAAAGAGAAACUUCGACACAGGACCCGAGUAUAGAGCUAUAGAGUAUAGAGCUAUAGAGUAUAGAGCUAUAGAGUAUAGAGCUAUAGAGUAUAGAGCUAAAACCUGCAGCAUGUGUAUUUGGAGCGUAACGGCAGCGUCUCGUAUCUCGCAGUCAAUAAGUUUCCAUCCUAAUCAAUACAGUCAAUAAGUUUCCAUCCUGAUCGAUACCGUAAAGCGUGCAGGACGUGUCUCAGCUCCAUCACAGCAUCGUAUCGAGAGCAGCUCUGCUAAAGAUUCGCGGUGGCGAGUCGAUUUUUGCUGAUCUACGUUUCCAACGAGCGCCAAUCUACGCAGAGAAGAUCGCCGAGUCCUUCAAACACAGAACUGGGGUCCAAACGGGUCCAAACGGGUCCACAGAAACAGGGGUCAGGUGGUCUUUGGGAUGAUGGAGUGUUUAAGGUUGUCCUCAAUCUGGACUCUGGAGACCAACAUCUGUUAGACCCCCCCCCCCCCCCAGAUUAGAGCUCAGAGGAUUAAGUCCAGAUCUGAUCUGACACAGAUCUGAGACUCACUGAUCACAUGAUCACAGACCCGGACCUGCAGGUGGUGGGUGGGGGGGUCGGGUCACAGAGCUAAAGGUCUUUGGAGUCCAGCAUCAUAGACAGUCUAACACUAGAUCUCUCUCUGGACUCUCUGCUGGGGUCUGACAGCACCUCAGCCAAGGAGGAUGAUGGGAUUUGUAGGCAGCAGGUUAGUGUGUGUGUGUGUGUGUGUGUGUGUGUGUGUGUGUGUGUGUGUGUGUGUGUGUGUGUGGUCUCUGGUUUCUCCUCUUGUAUUAUUGAAAACCUUCAAACUGGGGCACUGGGUGAGGAGGUGAAGAGGAGGAGGAGCAGGAGGAGGAGAGGCCUGCUGGGACACACAAAACCUUCAAAGAAGAACCUGACCCACAAUCUCCACCACAUCCGCCAAUUCCUACUGGAUCUGUUUGUGAGGUGAAUUUCAUAGCAGAUUACAGACAGCAGGAACAACAAGAACCUUCAGAUUCACGUUCAAUCUAACGAGUCGUCUCUCUAAAGACAGACACAUAGACAUAUAAGCAGUAGAUUGUGUCCUUCCAGAGGAGGAAAUCUACUUCUAGACUUCUAGAAUCAGCAUCUCCUCAUCCAUGGUGUCAUCGGGGUGAAAUGACGUCUAAAAACCUUUCACUUGUUCGUCUCCGCCCGUUUGCAUGGUGUGAAAUACGAUCCUCCUGAAAAACGGAGUUUUUUAUUUUGAAAAGAAGCAGGAUGUUUUAUUUUGAAGUCUGUGCCCGACUUCCUCUCCAGCACGGGUUCAUCUGUGCUGAAUUUAUCCGGGUUAGGAGCUCCACCUCCUGGCUGGCUUCGAUGACUCUCAUGUAGACCUCCUGCUCCUCCUCCCUGACCUCCUCAGAUCUUUGUUUUUAUCUGCAGGUUUGGAUUAAAAAUGGAACCAGGACCUCCUUGUGAGGUUGAGUCUGUAGAUCUUCUCUCCAGGUUUGGUGUCUGCAGAAGCUCCUGGUGGAGCUGACAUCAACAUGAAGUCUGCAGAGGUUCCUCCAGGUUCCUCCAGGCUCCUCUGCUCUCGUUGAACAUGAGGAGGCUCAGCUCUCUCCUGCUCCACACUCAGUUUUUCUGUGUUUGUGAGAGAUCUAGUCAGUCUAGCUCUGGGGCUUCUUAUCUGGUUUUCAGGAUCUAGGUUUUAUAGAUCAUCAGAAAAUGAAGCUUCUUAGAUCCUCCUCUAAAAUCUCUGAUCCGAGUUUUCAUGUGUACUGUCGUUACCAUGGCAACGCGGUCUGAGUUAGCUCGGCUGUAAAAGAAGGAUGAGGAGGAGAGAGAGAGAGAGAGAGAGAGAGAGAGAGAGAGAGAGAGAGAGAGAGAGAGAGAGAGAGAGAGAGAGAGAGAGAGAGAGAGAGGAGAGAGAGAGAGAGAGAGAGAGAGAGAGAGAGAGAGAGAGAGAGAGAGGAGAGAGAGAGAGAGAGAGAGAGAGAGUGACAGGCUGAAGUGUUGAAGGUUCCUGGUCUGAUAACUUUCAUGUGUUCAUAAUGACAGAGUGAAUCCAGGUUUAGGACCAGGACAGAAGUCCAGGUCUUGGUUUGAAGGGGGACUCGAGGACUAGACUGGUCUAUCUUCUGCUGCUCCGCCCUGGAGUCUAAAUGUGGGUCAGGAAGUCCUCCCCUCAGCUAAGUCCUCUUUCCUGUCUGAUCCAAUCAAAGCGAGACACCCCCCCCCCCCCCGGUCCUGGUCCUGGUCUGACUCACGGCGCUGUGGGGGGGACAUGAAGGGUUAACCCCGACUUCUUCACCCUCAGGGAGCUCAGCACUCUGCCGCCGUGGAGACGUGACGGUUUGUGGCCGCGGCGUUUCCUGAAACUGAUGACUGUUCUCACGCCGCUGACAGUUCUGCACACGCUCAGUGCUGAGAGAGAGAGAACCUGCAGAGGUGUCGAUGUUCAUGUUGGUUGGACGGGUUCAGACACCAGAACCGUUUUAAACCUGCUAAAAAUAAGACGGUGUAGUCUUCCUGCGGUUGCUAGGCAACAGGCCGCCUGGCGCAGGGUUGUACUCUGAAUGUGAGGCUUCAAACGAUGUGUCAGCGUUCCUCAAUGAAACUCGGGUCAGAGGAGAAACAGCUGAUCAUCAGGACCAGAGCGUGAAGGUCCAGGUUCUUCUUCAGGUUCUGCAGAACCUCCAGAACUUCUUCUUCUUCUACUUCAGGAAGAGAAAACGACCGUUAAACGGAGGAAACCAGGGCGAGGGCGAGAAACAGAGGCGUGAACGUGAGAGAGGAAGUUCAGCCUUUCAUCACCUGACACCUUCUCACACACACACACACACACAGAAACACACACACACACACACACAGAGAAACACACACACACACACACAGACACACACAGAGAAACACACACACACAGAGAAACACACACAUACACACACACACAGAAACACACACACACACACACAGAGAAACACACACACAGAGAAACACACACAGAAACACACACACAGAGAAACACACACACACACACAGAGAAACACACACAGAGAAACACACACUCCUGCGCGCUAACAGCCUCCUCUUUAACCUUUAAAAAUGCUCACAGAGUUACUGAAGAGAGCAGGUCAAACACACACACACACACACACACACACACACACACACAGAAACACACACACACACACACACACACCUGAGAAAAAAACAGGAAGCUCUGCCUUUGAUGAGGAGUGGGCGGAGUCUAACCCUUUGAGCGGGAAAAGCUCUGAAUCCUAAAAAUCGUCUUUAUUGAUCGAAGUUAAUAAUCAGUGUGUGAAACUCUGAGCUGGCUGCAGAACUGUGUGUGUGUGUGUGUGUGUGUGUGUAUGUGUGUGUGUGUGUGUGUGUGUGUGUGUGUGUGUGUGUGUGUGUGUGUGUGUGUGUGUGUGUGUGUGUGUGUGUGUGUGUGUGUGUUUGUCAGGCAGGCGUUGGGUCAGUGAGUCAUGCCGCCAUAAAGGGCCGGGUUAACUCUGGAAUGUGUGACAGAGCCGGACCGGGGGGGGGGUUGGCUAGACGUGUGUGUGUGUGUGUGUGUGUUUGUGUGUGUGUGUGUGCGUGUUUGUGUGUGCGCGUGAGUGUGUGUGUGUGUGUUUUGUAUGGGUCAUCAACAAACGGAAACUCAGAGGAACAAACAAAGUGCCGCUCCUUGUUCUGGUGUUCUGGAGUUCUGUCUGUUCUGGUGUUUUGGGUCUGGACCCUGUCAGAGUCUUUACGAGUCCUCCUUCCAGGACCAGGAAGUCCUCCAGAGGGAUCUGCAGGAUCUGGACUUGAGACUUUGUCCCCCAUGAAGUGGUUAGAGUUUUUACAGGAGUGUUUUUCAGGAAGUGCCUUUCCUUCUUAGGACGUCCUUCCUGAUUGAGGUGUGUGACCACGUUAGUGUUUGUUCGUUUGUUGACGUGUUUCUUACUUCAGUUUCAUCAGGCAGAAACAGAAUGAGUCCGAUCACAAUAGCUACACAAUAACUACACAAUAACUGCACAAUAAUAACACAAUAACUACACAAUAACUACACAAUAAUAACAAUAACUACACAAUAACUACACAAUAACUACAGAAUAACUGCACAAUAAUAACACAAUAACUACACAUUAAUGACGAACAAACAAACAUGUUUAGUCAGACGAACAUUUCAACGCUUUCAUUUUAUCUGAGGGAAAAACAUUUGAACAAGAAAUCUUUACUUUAACAGUACUACAACAGUACUACAACAGUACUACAACAGUACUAUAACAGUACUAUAACAGUACUACAACAGUACUAUAACAGUACUAUAACAGUACUACAACAGUACUAUAACAGUACUAUAACAGUACUACAACAGUACUACAACAGUAUUAUAACAGUACUACAACAGUACUACAACAGUACUACAACAGUACUAUAACAGUACUACAACAGUACUACAACAGUACUACAACAGUACUACAACAGUACUUUAACAGUACUACAACAGUACUACAACAGUACUACAACAGUACUAUAACAGUACUAUAACAGUACUACAACAGUACUACAACAGUACUAUAACAGUACUAUAACAGUACUACAACAGUACUACAACAGUACUUUAACAGUACUACAACAGUACUACAACAGUACUACAACAGUACUUUAACAGUACUUUAACAGUACUACAACAGUACUACAACAGUACUAUAACAGUACUACAACAGUACUACAACAGUACUAUAACAGUACUACAACAGUACUACAACAGUACUACAACAGUACUACAACAGUACUUUAACAGUACUACAACAGUACUACAACAGUACUAUAACAGUACUACAACAGUACUACAACAGUACUACAACAGUACUAUAACAGUACUACAACAGUACUACAACAGUACUACAACAGUACUACAACAGUACUUUAACAGAACUACAACAGUACUUUAACAGUACUAUAACAGUACUACAACAGUACUAUAACAGUACUAUAACAGUACUUUAACAGUACUAUAACAGUACUAUAACAGUACUACAACAGUACUAUAACAGUACUAUAACAGUACUACAACAGUACUACAACAGUACUAUAACAGUACUACAACAGUACUACAACAGUACUUUAACAGUACUAUAACAGUACUUUAACAGUACUUUAACAGUACUACAACAGUACUACAACAGUACUACAACAGUACUACAACAGUACUUUAACAGAACUACAACAGUACUUUAACAGUACUAUAACAGUACUACAACAGUACUAUAACAGUACUAUAACAGUACUUUAACAGUACUAUAACAGUACUAUAACAGUACUACAACAGUACUAUAACAGUACUAUAACAGUACUACAACAGUACUACAACAGUACUAUAACAGUACUACAACAGUACUACAACAGUACUUUAACAGUACUAUAACAGUACUUUAACAGUACUUUAACAGUACUACAACAGUACUACAACAGUACUACAACAGUACUACAACAGUACUUUAACAGUACUACAACAGUACUUUAACAGUACUAUAACAGUACUACAACAGUACUAUAACAGUACUAUAACAGUACUUUAACAGUACUAUAACAGUACUAUAACAGUACUACAACAGUACUAUAACAGUACUAUAACAGUACUACAACAGUACUACAACAGUACUAUAACAGUACUACAACAGUACUACAACAGUACUUUAACAGUACUACAACAGUACUACAACAGUACUACAACAGUACUUUAACAGUACUACAACAGUACUACAACAGUACUAUAACAGUACUACAACAGUACUACAACAGUACUAUAACAGUACUACAACAGUACUACAACAGUACUACAACAGUACUACAACAGUACUUUAACAGUACUACAACAGUACUACAACAGUACUAUAACAGUACUACAACAGUACUACAACAGUACUACAACAGUACUAUAACAGUACUACAACAGUACUACAACAGUACUACAACAGUACUACAACAGUACUUUAACAGAACUACAACAGUACUUUAACAGUACUAUAACAGUACUACAACAGUACUAUAACAGUACUAUAACAGUACUUUAACAGUACUAUAACAGUACUAUAACAGUACUACAACAGUACUAUAACAGUACUAUAACAGUACUACAACAGUACUACAACAGUACUAUAACAGUACUACAACAGUACUACAACAGUACUUUAACAGUACUAUAACAGUACUUUAACAGUACUUUAACAGUACUACAACAGUACUAUAACAGUACUAUAACAGUACUUUAACAGUACUACAACAGUACUACAACAGUACUACAACAGUACUUUAACAGUACUAUAACAGUACUUUAACAGUACUACAACAGUACUAUAACAGUACUAUAACAGUACUACAACAGUACUACAACAGUACUACAACGGUACUACAACGGUACUAUAACAGUACUAUAACAGUACUAUAACAGUACUACAACAGUACUUUAACAGUACUACAACAGUACUUUAACAGUACUAUAACAGUACUACAACAGUACUUUAACAGUACUAUAACAGUACUACCACAGUACUAAAACAGUACUUUAACAGUACUAUAACAGUACUACAACAGUACUAUAACAGUACUAUAACAGUACUUUAACAGUACUUUAACAGUACUAUAACAGUACUACAACAGUACUACAACAGUACUACAACAGUACUUUAACAGUACUAUAACAGUACUUUAACAGUACUUUAACAGUACUACAACAGUACUUUAACAGUACUAUAACAGUACUACAACAGUACUAAAACAGUACUAUAACAGUACUACAACAGUACUUUAACAGUACUAUAACAGUACUACAACAGUACUAAAACAGUACUAUAACAGUACUACAACAGUACUACAACAGUACUACAACAGUACUAUAACAGUACUACAACAGUACUAUAACAGUACUAUAACAGUACAUUAAUAGUCUUGUACUUUAAUAGUACUUUAACAGUACUAUAACAGUACUUUAAUGGUCUGAUACUUUCACAGGACUAUAACAGUACUUUUAUAGUACUUUAACAGUACUAUAACAGUA